CUACCACUUCUACCUGUAACCUCAAAAAUAAUCACUACUAAAUUCUUAGUAUAUGUGUUUCCAGGACUUUCUAUGCCUACCUCAUUAUGAAUCAAAUAGACAUUUAAAAGAGAUAUUCUGGAGUUCACACUUCCAACCGUCUGCCUGUGCAUCAGAGCACCUUGCUCUGACACUGUGGGACGAACACAGUACCAGCCAUUUUGAUUGUCUCCUUGUCAGCAUCCUGACCUCAUUUACAUAAAAGCCUCCUAAGGAAAACCCCUCCCUUCUUCUUCCUCUCCUUCUUCCCUUUCUCACCAUGAGGUGUGCACAUCUCUGCUUUCCCUCUCUCUCUCUCUCUCUCUCUCUCUCUCUCUCUCUUUCCCUCUUUUUCUCUCUCUCUCCCUCCUUCUAUUCCCUCUACCCUCCCCCCAAAAAUAAACUCUCCACAUGGGUGGAUGCUGUGUCUGCAUGGUAUAAGUAACUUUCCACUGCCUCAUGCCACUCGCUGCUGCAUCUGCAUGGAGGUUUCCCUCGCCCAUCACCAUCCCUCCCUCACCUUGGCCCAACCCACCAGGGCCUCCCAUGCACCAAUGUCAUUACACUACCUGCAAUAUUUCUCCUAGUUCUUGAUAUUGCAAAUGAGCCACAUAAUUUUUUUUUUUAAUCACUGUGCAGUUUUAUAGGUAAUCCUUCCAUGGACGUUCACCUCUGAGGUUCCAGAUUUCAGACACUAGUAGAAAUGACCAUUGUCUCCCAGAGAACUUGCCCUAUUCCCCUUUGUAAGCUGCAUGUAUGAAAGCAUUUUGAGAAGAAGGUAGAUUGUCCAAUGAGGUACAACCAUGGAGCAUUUGAGUUCACAAGACCAACCCCAAGAAAGUGCUAGAACGUGUGACAAGGAGCUCAGUGGAAGACAAUCCAACUGUUGCUUCAUUAGUGGGAGUCCAAAGUCAGAAGCACUAACCUGAGGCAGCAAGCAAUACAAGGAAGAAAUGGGCAGAAAGCAUGGCUGACUCAGGGCUCCGGUGGCUUCAGACACUGUCUUCCAACCCUUCUUGCUGACUUCUAAGGUAUCCACAUUGUUGGUGCAGAUCUCUUUAUGAGACCACUGUCUCUAGGCACCGUGUACACACUUCCUUGAUCUGUAAAGCGACACCUCUCUGCUUAGCACUAAAGCUCCAGCAAAGGGAUUUAUUUAAGCACGGUGGAAAACAAACUCUGAUUCAGGGGUCUGGGGUGGAGAUGGGUGUUUGUGGUGAAGGUGGGGGUGGCUAGCAUUAGUGGGCUUUCCAGAAAUGAGCUCGCUUGGCUCAUUAAGAUUUGAAAGGAUAUCAUUUACUAGUGACCCUGCUCCACAUUGUCCUGUCUUGCUUGGUGUGUUCAUUAUACCCAGGCUUAAAAUCAAGAGCCAGAGUCUCAGUUUACUGGAUUUGCAGAGGACUUGCAAGUUGCUAAGCAGACCAGAUUAGAGGUAAAAUGCAAAAACAGCCUGAAAGUGGCCAAGAGCCAUCUGAAUGUUAUGAGUCCAAGUUGAAACCUGGGCCAUAGGAGGACCAGAUCUGAGAGUAUCAGUGGCAAAGACUGUUAUGCCCAGAUCGCGGGGACCCCAAAAGACCACCACGGAGACCAAAUUCCACAUGUAAAAGCAAAGAGCCUUUAUUUCAAGCUCCAGAAUUUGAUCCCUCUGGCUGUCCAACACAGUGGUGAGAACAGGGAGCCCUGAGCCCAGGUGGGGCAGAGUUUUUAUCAUAGCAGAGGUUGGGGUGAGGGGAUUUCCAGGAUCCAGGACCCUGACUGGCUGACAUUUGUCUAAGGGUAUCUGUAAAACAAAAAAUAGGUGUGUGCUAGACUCAAGGACAUCUGGUCACCUUAUCUAAUGGUUGGAAUGUUUGGGAUGUCAGGUACUUCCUCAUCCCUGGGUGGAUCCCUGGGUGGUAUCAGCUUAAGGCUUUUCCUGGAUCUGGGUGUUGCCUGCCAGUAAGCCUGUCACAGAAGCUGUGUGUAGGCCCCUAAGCCUGUUAUGGCUGCUGUGUGGUCAAGCUACUUUGGGGUCCCUUCACAAGACCUGGCUGCUUGGAGAGUUAACACAAAAAUACCUGGAAAAGACAGCAGAGUGGUGACCUCCAAGCCAACUAUGGGCUGUGAAUCAUAUUUUUAUAUUCACAAAGCUCAAAAAAUGUGUGGUUCAGUAACAUUUGAUUAUCCCAAUACUUUACAGUUUGCCAGAGUUCCUACCCCUCCCUACCACAUUCCAUUGCUUCUCACAAAUCCAUUCCAGGCUCCUGCAGGGAGUCAUGUUCGAAAUCUCUGAUUUAGAGAUUUCAAUCAAUUGCUAUCUCUAUAGGAGUCAACUGUUGCCAUGGUAACUGAAAUAGGAUUAUGCAAUCUCAUGUGUGUUCAACCGAAGGAUAAUGUUGAGAGCAAGGGAUGCUGUGUUUGAACCAGACUUUGACCUGCUGUGGGCAGCUUAUUGGCUUUCAGAGGGACUUGUACAAAUGGUCAGGAAAUGCUCACCUGGGGUGGUUCCAAGCCAUGGACUGUGAGGGCUGUCAAAAAGAAAACUAGAUUUAUGGCGAAACUUGGACUUGUACCUUUGUCUCCAGCUCUGUUGAGUACUCCUUAGUGAAACUACUGUGUUCUUGUUUCUUUAGCUGUGAGCCUUAGCCUUUAAUGGCUGACCAUAAUGACAGCUUCACACUUCUGUGUUCUUGUACUUGGACUACUGGAACACCCUAACUCCCUAGCCUUCCCCCCACGUCCAGUUCAUUACACUUCCUGUCGGUGGACCCAGCCAUCACCAUCCGGUGGUGCCUGAACUAAUUCCCUGCCUGCCCUUCCCACAGGUGUCUUCCAUCUCCAGCACAUCUUCUGAGCUGUGAUUUUUAAGACAUAGGUGCAGUGUUCUCCCCUGCCCCCACAUGCCUACCACACUGAUCUUUCUGCGCUCACAUGUGCCUAGUUCACAUCCACCUCCCAGUUCUUGGUUAGGUGGUUAUUUGUUCUUUAAAUUCCUCUCCCAAGUCUUAACUCAGUUUGUCCCAUGAAAUAUCUCAUCUCAGAUGUCACCUCUCUAAGAGGCUUUUCUUGGUCCCUUGAUAACUUUUUCUAUGGUGGCUUUCUAGUUUUAUGUAGCAUCCUUUAUCAGUUCCUGGAACAAUUUAUUUGUAAACAUACCUAGAGUACAAGUUCCUCUUCAAGAAUUGUAAAUCCUAGCAGGAAUUCUAAGUAAUUUCUUUCCAGGCUAGAUUCCACUGCCCUGAAUAAAUAUGAAUGGAUGAGUUCCUUAUAAUCCCUGCUAACUUCCCUUCCCCUUUCUCUGAAGAGCCAGCUGAGACAACUUUAAGGUGGUAUGUUGUCAUUAGCUGGUUUAGUCCAGAUUAUAUCUUAGCUUAUCACACACACACACACACACACACACACACACACACACACACACACACCCUGUGUCUCGUUCCAUCUGUCUGAACCAUGAAGAUCUUCACACACUGUUUCCUUGUUCAGCUUUCAGGCCCAAAGACCGCACCAGAGAGACUCCCCAGUGUUUCCAUCCAGUGUGACCCCUCAACCUUGUCAUUUGACCCUAUGGUCCCUUUUUGUUUCUUCAGAGCGUUCACCACUAGCUGAAAUUAUUUUUCAUCUGUUUUUGUCAGGCUCUCCCGGAGCACUUUAAGGUAGUUUGGAUUGUGUGUGUGGCGGGGUGGGAGGAAGGGUCACUAUUCACUGCAGCGUCCCUGACGUCCAUAUCAGUGCCUAGCAACCACUAAGCAUUCAAAUAUUUGUUGAGAGCUGAAAGGCAGACUCCACCCUGGUGGGAGGUGUCAUUGAUUAUUCUCUGUUUUAAACAUGACAAAACUGGGCCUCAGGGAGUUUUUUUCUCCCAUUUCCUAAGAUCCCACAGCUUAUUAGGUAUAAAACUAGGAUUUAAAUCCGGCCUGACUUCAAAACUGAUAUAUGUGUGUGUCCUAGUUCUUCUUCCCUGGACAUUUUUUUUUAGCCAGAUUAUAUGCUUCAGGAUUGUUCUGUGACCUACAGGAAGUGACAGCCUCACAUGUUUUGGCCUAUUUCACGCAGGCAGAUUUACACACAGAGAGACACGUGCAAACAUGAACACACAUUCACAUGAAUAAAAUAACCUUUUUCUUCCUAACAUAAAAUUUAGCCACAGCCGACCACAUAUUUGAUUGAAUCCAACAGAAUAAAGAUGCAACACCAAUCACUGUGUGAAAAAUCCUGCUUGAAGGAAUUGUGCAUUUAUGUAUCUAUUCAUUCUAAUACCUAUAAUUUUCACCUAAAGGAAAACCAGACUGGAAAGGGCUCCAAGGGACCAAGCAGCUCAAUCACAGUGUAGUGCAGUCCCCUCCAGUGUGAGCCAGAGGCCAUCUGCAUCCUGAGACGUCCAACAUGUUCCCUAAGGUCCAUUUCUUGGGCAGAGUUUCUACUUUGAAUCUCACUAUAAAGCAUUGAUGGCACCCCAUAGCAUUCCUAUUUGAGAGAUAAGAAAAUAAGUACACAUAGGUGAGGUGACCUGAAUCAGGUCACACCACCAGGCUGGAGCAGAAGUUCAGAUGUCCUGUCUGAACACUCACUCCAUCUUAGCACCUCCAUGGUACACUUUUUAUUUCUGCUGUGUGUGUGUGUGUGUGUGUGUGUGUGUGUGUGUGUGUGUAUGUGUGUGUGUGUGCUGAGUUUUGAACCCAGUGUUCAACCCUAAGUCAUAGUACCAGCCCCUUGCUUCAUCUGAAGCUCUUCUCCAAGAUACUGAAACAUACAAAAUCCCCUGUACCAAAAUUAUCAGCACCACCUGAGAAUCUGUGAGACUUGUAUAUUGGGUCCCAUCUCAAAUGUACUGUAUUGAAAUCAGCAUUUGAACAAGACCCCCAACUAAAUGCUAUGCAUUUAAAUAAUAUAAAUUACUGAUGGCUACAAACACAGGAAGCAGAGUAAAUUAUGUUUACUUUCAUCGGCUUUCCAGAGGCUUUCCUUUUAAGCAUCCAGUCCUGUUGAACUCAGUAACUCCAAAGGCCAAUGAGCGAUGAGACUAAGCUAUAGCCUAGUGUCUGCUGCCACCUUGUGGUAAAUUCUCACCUAGGUGCGAUUUGCCCUUAUCCAUAAAACAAAUGCAGAAAGAACAUGCAGGUGGUGCGGUACUGAACUUUUAAACCUUGAGCUUUAAGGGUCUUCAACAGAAAUUCAAGAUGUAAUGAAGUCACCCUCUCAGUGACCACAGAGACAGCCAAACAGCGGCUUGCCUCUUUGUGCGCGUCCCAUGGAAUAACAUUCAUCUGCUGACAGGUCUAACAGAAAAGCUCAAGACCCAGUCUCUUCCUCCCUUACAGAACUAACACAAGAAUAUCUAAUAUGAUUACCAAUUAUGCUGUGACUUUUUAUUCUGAAUGUGCCUUCUCUGUGUAGUAUUUCACAAGGUACCGUGGAAUUCCCCACACUUCUGUUACAUGCAUCACUGGAGGCCUCUGAAGUAAAUUUUGGCCAGUCCCACACCUGGAGGAGGAGAUUCCAAAAUUUUCCUACGUAUUUUGCUCCAAACAUCCAAAAACUAGGCAGUGCUCUCUGUCAUGGGAUGAUUUUGUUUAGAAGUUCUUAGCUCAAGAGCUAAAGAACCCCAAAGCGGUUAUCAGAGGUGGAACCGACAGAAUGGAGUACCCUCAGUUGUGCCAUCCUGAACCCCUAAAGCUUGCCUAUGGGAAGAUUGGCCAGUACCGCAGAAUUCAGCAACCCAAAAGGAAAAAUGGCUCAUUCAAAGGGAAAGGGAUAGAAAGAUGGCAUAGAGCUGUGUCUACCAACUUAGCUAAACAAAACGUGUUGGUCCCCAAAGAGGAAUCACUAAAUGAAAGUGACUUGGAGUUUCAUGAAAAUCAAAGUAAUCAGAAAAGAAACCUGAUGAAGAAAAUGAAGAGUGCUUUUGGGAAAAUGCUGUCCUGCAAGUGUGGAAGCCAGUCAGCCCGAGCUGGCAGGGAGAGCCCUACAGGGCAGAUGGAAGUCGCCCUCUCCAACACACAAGGCCUGCUGCCUAGACUUGUCAAGGAGCUUCCAUCUCCCAGGUUGUUUACAAAGCCGAGGAUGAGAAAGCUCUCACAGAAUGCAACUAUACAGCUUGAUGUUGUAGAAGCAGAGGCAGAAGAGGUAACCGCAGGAACCCGGCUCCUCCGAGCAAGAAGAACCACCAAGCGGUUAUCUGUGACAUCCCUUCCUUCAGGGCUGCAGAAGGGACCAUAUUCAUCAAAAAAGAGACCACACUUUCCAGCACUUAAAAAGAAGAAACAGAGCAUGGAAGACAUCCUCCAGAAACCAGACCUGACAGUGGGAAAACUUCAAAUGCAGGUGGAUGACCUCAUAGAAAGAGUGACUGACAAAUCCAUGAAGCUUUUGGCCCAAAGACAUGCUGAGCUUCAGCACUGUGAGUUUCUAGGGGCUGAGAUCCUUCAGUCUUCGAAGCAGUUCCAAAGGCUUUCCAAGAGAACCACUAGGAAGUUCAAGCUGAGGAGUGCUUGCUUCCCAUGCACCUGCUGCUGCUUCUGAGGCCCAAGUACACAGCCCAGGAGCAAACAGAGAGCUGCCUCAAGAAGGUGGAAGACAAGCAGCAAGAGCCGAGGCCAACAUCUGAACCUGACUUAUGCUCCAGCAGUGCACUCCCCCACACACCAGCAUGUAAACGUACGACGUAUCGUGCACACAGGCACAAAAAUAAGUACUUUAAAAAUGACUCCUGAAGAACAACAGGGUGGAGAGGAGACAUUUACUAACCACAUUUCUCAAGCACUAACAGAAAAAAAAGCAGAAAAGCAAUACAGAUGGAUUGAUCUCAUACAACAGCAAUUCCCAACAGUGUGGAAACUGUCCCCACAAUGAACACAUAGCACACAUAUUGAUUACGGCCCCCCUAAAGCCUGCUCAAGGACUGCAUUUCCAAAAGGGGUUCCUCAUGUGUAUCCCAGAUGCAAUCUUAGAGUCCUCGGCUGAUUUUAUAAGGCAACUGUUACUAGCUACCUAGUUUUAAAUAAGCACAAAGAUCCAGCUUGAGACAUUUUAUUAAAUGUUUUCAGAUGUUGAACUCUACCUUGAAGGAUAAAAAUGCAUUUAAAAAAUACACAUACACCAAACACGUUUCCUUUGUGUGAAGAAAUAUGAGU